CCAAACUGAGAAUAGUGUUCGCACUAGAAGGGUGUCUUCUUUUACUAUUUCUUCUUCCACAGAUCUAAGAUCCAAAAUCCAAUUUUCUCAUUUCUCUCCUCUAAGGAAUAACAUGUCAAGAAGGCAAGUAAGUACCACGCGCCGCUUUGUCGACAGCGGAAACUUCCCCUUCGCUGGUGCCUUACAAUCUAAAUCCCGAUCUUCUCCCAUUUUAUCUAUUGGUCUUUUCAUUGUGGGAGCUAUCCUUCUUAUUGGCUACGUCUAUAGUGGCUCGGGUAAAUCCCGAGUUGUUAGUAGGCUCCAAGUAUUCUGUAUUGAUGACGACUCUCUCGAGCUACUUGAAUAUCUAUCGGAUUCACUAAUGCUAAGUUCCGGAGAGUGGAUUUGGACAUGUUUGACAGUUAGUUGUACAACAAGCGAAGGCGACUAUACAUGCACAUUAGAAGUUCAGAAGGCAAUACCAUUUUUGAAGAAGGCAUAUGGUGACAACAUGCACAAGGUUUUGCAUAUGGGCCCUGAUACCUGUUUGGUGGUCUCCAAACUUUUGAAAGAAGAGGGAACUGAAGCCUGGGGUGUGGAACCAUAUGACAUAGAGGAUGUUGAAGCAGAUUGCAAGAGUCUUGUGGGAAAAGGCAUUGUACGUGUGGCAGAUAUCAAGUUCCCUCUUCCGUAUAGGUCAAAGUCUUUUUCUAUUGUUAUUGUGUCAGAUGCUAUUGAUUACUUGUCUCCAAAAUAUCUGAACAAAACUCUGCCUGAGUUCGCAAGGCUUGCCUCUGAUGGUCUUGUUAUUUUUGCAGGUUCCCCUGGUCAUCAGAAGGCUGAAGUGGCAGAAUUAUCCAAAUUUGGGCGGCCAGCUAAAAUGCGGAGUUCCACUUGGUGGGUUCGAUUUUUCGACCAAAUUAGUUUACAAGGAAAUGAAGCUGUGACUAAGAAGUUUGAGCAGGCUGCAUCAAAGAGUUCAUUCCUACCAGCUUGUCAAGUGUUCCACCUAAAACCAUAUCACUGAUACAGAGAGAAAUUCAUCAAGGUCAAAUUUUCAUUACUUACGUUUUGUCAUGCUUUGAAGGUGAAGUAAAAGAUAUCAUCUGCUCCCAGAUUACGUGUAUACACUAAAUUUGGUGAAGAGAUGUUGAUAUCACUGGUGUUAGUUCCCCAAACAUUACAGGUUUCAUAUUUAUUAAUUCAAUUGAUUGGGAAAAUAACACUUAUUUGUUUCACAUGCA